UUCGCCUCUUCAUGAUCAAAUGCUCGUCAGGAAAGGGGUGGUCCAGAGUAGGGGGAUAUAAAUGGAGCCUGUCUGUCUGUCUUUAAGGCAACAGCAGAGCAGAAACUUGAUGGGACCGCAGCAAAAGACCUGCCCUGGAGUCACAGAAACUCAAACAGCUGUUGAGUGUUCAAUAAAAGGGCAUAAAGAUUCAACCACGCUACGGAGAGUUUGAUUUCUUUUUUACGGCUGUGCUUUUUUUGGUCGAAUCCAAGAUCAUUUAGGAUUGAAUAAACAAGAUAGGCAACUAAAUCUAAGCUGUAGACUUGAGCUUCAUGAAAAAAAUCACUGGAUAUGUUUCAAAUGUAGUUUUCUGCAUACGUUUCGGCUAGUUUAUAGAGGUGUUUUACUUUCAGAUCUGAGGUUGUCUAAGUUAUUAGUGGUUACUUUUACGUUUUUUACUUGCUUCAUACAUUUCGGUAUCCUUUUAUCUUCCAUUUUGAAGAACUUGUCAAGGAAUAUGGUGUCGUUAUUGCGCGUCUCGCUCGGUUUGAUUACCACUCUGUGCGUAUGCGCAGUGCACGGUGCAUGGGAAGAAAGCACAGUUGUACCAGUUAGACUCGACACGGUUCGGCAUGCGGGGGAAACGGAGCAAGGUCGGCCUCUUUCAAUAGAGGAACGAGAGAAAGAGGCAGAGAUGCGUGUCUACCGGCUGGACGUAUUUGGCAAACGGGUGGUGUUGAAGCUAGAGCCAGACCAGACUUUCUUGGCACCUGGGUUUGUGUUCCAUAUAGUUGGGAGCCCCAUGUCGCAGACACCACGGGAAUCUGACAACAGCGCUGCCGAGGCCCGAUGCUUCUUCUCCGGCACGGUAUACGAGGAGGAAAACUCUGCAGCUGCGCUUAACCUGUGCCAUGGGCUAACGGGUGGAUUCUACCUCCAAGGUGAAGAGUACUUCAUCCAACCUCAUAAUUCGAGUGACGUGCAACCUACGGAUCAGGACAUCCACCUCAUUCGCCGAAGAGGUAGAGAAAUGUUUGCAGAAGAUAGCAGUUCAAAGUGCGGGGUCAGCGAGGAUGAGGACAGGGUGCCAGAGAACCAGGAAAACAAAAAGAACCAUGGAACAACUAACUCAGACCAGAGAGCCCACCACCAGCGAUCCAAACGGUUUGUGUCCACGCCUCGCUUCGUGGAGGUCAUGAUUGUGGCUGACCAGUCCAUGGCUGAGUUCCACGGUGCAGGCCUAAAGCCCUACAUGCUGACCAUCAUGGCAGUGGCAUCACGCCUCUACCGCCACCCCACCAUCCACAACUCCAUCAGCCUUGCUGUGGUAAAGCUCCUGGUAGUCUUCGAGGAGGAGAGUGGCCCGCAGGUGUCGCCAAAUGCUGCCCUGACCCUCCGCAACUUCUGCCAGUGGCAGCGGCAACACAACCCGCCAAGUGACCGCCAUCCUGAGCACUAUGACACAGCUAUGCUCUUCACCCGCACGGACCUAUGUGGUGCCCACUCCUGUGACACAUUAGGCAUGGCAGAUGUGGGAACAGUGUGUGACCCAGAGCGGAGCUGUUCCAUCAUAGAGGAUGACGGCCUACAGGCAGCAUUCACUGUGGCUCAUGAGCUAGGCCACGUGUUUAAUAUGCCCCACGAUGAUUCCAGACAGUGCGCCAAUGUCAAUGGUGACCAUUGGGGGUCCCACAUGAUGGCUUCAACACUGUCAAACCUGGAUCAACUGCAGCCUUGGUCACCUUGCUCUGCCCUCAUGGUCACUUCCUUCCUGGACAAUGGACAUGGACAAUGCCUGCUGGACAAACCCCAUAAACCCCAUCUGCUGCCUGCAGCAUUGCCUGGAAGCGUGUACGAUGCCAAUCGUCAAUGUCGCCUGACGUUCGGUGAGGAAUCCCAGCACUGCCCUGACCUUAGUACCACGUGUGCAGCACUCUGGUGCACAGUGACCACCACCAACGGUCUACUGGUCUGUCAGACCAAGAACUUCCCAUGGGCAGAUGGGACACCGUGCAGUGGGGACAGCUACUGCAUGGCAGGACAGUGUCUCAGCAAGACAGAGGCUGCUCGUCAUCAGACUCUAGUCAAUGGUGCCUGGGGUGCAUGGGGCCCUUGGGGGGACUGCUCCCGGACCUGCGGAGGAGGUGUCCAGUACUCAUUUAGGGAUUGCGAUAACCCCCUGCCCAAAAAUGGUGGCAAGUACUGCGAGGGCAAAAGAAUCCAGUAUCGUUCUUGUAACACAAAGAUAUGCCCUGACAGCAACGGUCUCUCAUUCCGUGAAGAGCAGUGUCUGGCACACAAUGAUAUUUCCUCACAGAUGUCAUUUGGUUCGGGAGAUGGUGUUGAGUGGGUGCCAAAAUAUGCAGGUGUCUCUCCCAAAGACCGUUGCAAGCUAACAUGCAGGGCCAAGGGCACAGGCUACUUCUUUAUUUUAAAACCCAAGGUUGCUGACGGUACUCCCUGUAGCCCAGACUCAACCUCAGUGUGUGUGCAAGGCCAGUGUGUGAAGGCAGGUUGUGACCGUGUCAUCGGCUCUAGCCGUCGCUUUGAUAAGUGUGGCAUGUGUGGAGGCGACGGCUCGACAUGCAAAAAAGUGUCGGGUGCUCUGGAGCGUGCCAGGCCCGGUUACCAGGAUGUUGUGAGUAUCCCCGCAGGCGCCACUCACCUGGAUGUGAAACAGCGAGCCCCUAGCGGUGGUCGCCAGGACAACAGCUACCUGGCGGUGUUACGCAAAGACGGGACAUACCUUCUGAAUGGUGACUACAAGCUGACAACUCUCGAAACUGACAUCACCCUGAAGGGAGGGUUGCUACGCUACAGUGGUAGCUCCGCCUCCGUAGAGCGUCUACGCAGCUUCUUGCCUCUCCCGGAGGCUUUGACCAUCCAGGUGUUGUCUGUGGGUGACUCGCCCCGCCCUCGUGUCAAGUAUAGCUACUUCGCCCCAAGGCACACUUUGACACCAUCCAGUGGUGGAAGAGUGGUACACCAGGUCAUCAACGCCAUCCGGGAUCUGGGGGUUGCUGAAUGGACCCUGAGAGAAUGGGGGAAAUGUUCACAGAGCUGUGGGGGUGGUACACAACAGAGAGAGGUGCUGUGCCUGGACUCUCAGGGGCGAUCAUCGAGAGAGUGUCCAGAUGAGCUUCGCCCGUCCGCAUUGCGCCCCUGUGUCCUGCAGUCCUGCCCCUCAUGGUUCCUGGGUGAGUGGUCAGCAUGCUCCAAGAGCUGUGGCCGCGGGUUCCGCAAGCGCCCACUCCGCUGUGUGGGACAUGAUGGGCACACCCUUGCCCACGAGAGCUGCGACCUGAAAGACAGGCCUCGACCUCUGCUGGACUUGUGCAACCAGAAGAACUGCUAAGAUCAUCGGGGACACAUUCCAAUCUGUACCUGAACAACAGCUCAUAGAGAGAAAGAAAAUGAAAUAAACAACAGAAAAGAGAGUGAGUGAGAAUGUUCCCCUUCCUAGUACUUUCAUGUGUGUCCAAAAUGGCUGACAUAAUGACUGACUAAACAUUGUGGUGUUGAUGUCUGCCCUGUGGCACUGCCACCCCUUGAACACCACAUAGACUUGAAGCAGCUGGACUGGCAUGGGGGCACAACACUGGCACACUGUCCCGUCCACCCAUUUUAGUGGAGCUGAAAUGGAGGAACUGUGUAAAUGGAUACUUAUUUUUCCAAAAAGCUUGUUUUAGGUUCCAAUGAGUGAGUGUAUGUGCGUGCAUGUGUCAGCUGUCUGUCUGAGCUGGACUGGACAGGCAUCUUGGGGGAAAUGUAUAUACCAGCGGUAUGAUUGUGUAUAAUUGGGAAUCUAGAGGUAUGGAUUUCGUUGAAUAUGUAUUACAAUCAAAUGAAUAGGGUCACUGCUACACAUCAUAUGUCCUUUUUUAAUUAGUGGACUGUUUAAAAGGGUGCAGAACAAAAUCUGUCUAAUCGAUGUAGAUUCUUGUUUAUCCAAUGUUUUAUCCAAGCAGACAAACUCAACACAGUUUGUAUUAAUUUGCUUAAUUUACAUUCCAGUUGAAUAUUCCAAUACUUGUAAUAAUACAUCCCAUAAUGAACAAAGCCAAUUAAAAAAGCCAGAUUGCACCUCAUCAUGUAUGCCCCAAUGAGGGAAACUGUCUGAAAACCAAAGAGGUGUGUGUGACUCUUUCUGGAGAGGGAGAGCGUUUUCUCCGACUACUACUUUAUAAGUAAGUCUCUGCUGCCUUCUGUGAAGGUAAGCUUUUUUUGGAAGAUGUUUUGUUCAAAAUAUCCAAACAUUAUUUAUUUUGUACAGCCUGUUAAAUAUAAUCAUGGCAUUUUAUUGUUAUUGCCAUUUGUUAUUAAUAUUAAAAUAAUAGAAGGAUG